AUGGAACAAAUAACAGAAUAUAAGGAGGAUAUGGAUAUUCGUACAAUAAGCGCUCGUGAUCGUCUUACACUGUUGUUAACACGUUCGUCCUGCAUGCCGUUCAGUGUAAUUGUGGUGUUUUUAUUUUUCACCCAGAUCACAGGCACUUCUAGUGUCAUGAUAUGGGCUGUGGAAAUGUUGACGAAAUCGAAUUCGUCAAUAGACCCGCAUACCGGUAACUUUCUAAUGAACCUCACUAGAUUGGCCGCGAUUACUCUCACUUCAAUACUACUCUUCAGAGUUGGGCGAAGGCCUUUGGCACUGAUAUCAGCUUUAGGAGUAGCGGCAGUUUGUUUUGCUAUAGCAAUGUAUAUAUAUACUCCUAAAGGUCCUAGCUUGGUUCCACUAAUAUUGUUCAUGUCUUAUAUGGUUUUUGCUAGUUUCGGAUACUUCUCGCUACCUUUUCUAAUGGCUGCUGAAUUAUUUCCUUUACAAAAUAGGGGUUUACUUGGUGGUAUUACAACAACUAUUGGUAGUCUCUUUAUAUUUGUUAGCCUCAAAACAACUCCCUAUUUGUUGGAUAAUAUCGGCCUUGCUUAUACGAUGGUCAUUUUUGGCAUCUCCUCCUUACUGGGUCUCAUGUUUCUAUACAUGUUUUUACCAGAAACAAAGAAUUUGACGUUGCAGGAAAUCGAAGCGUAUUAUAGCAGUUUAAGCCCAACCUUGGUUUCUCAGAGAGAAAAUAUUACCAUUCAUGAGGCUCAAAGUAAUAUCAGCAAUAAAUUACAAGACAAUGCAAAGAAAACUAAAACAGCACCUUCUACUGCUGAUGUGAUCGAUUUGGCAAAAACGAUUUACAAAAUAGAUGCAAAAGAGAAACCAGGCAGACCAAGACAACAUAAAAAAUCCCCUGCAGUACACAAGGACAAUGCUGAUAAUCAAGAUGUACCAAGACCCAGUGUAGAUAGUGUACUGCUUCAAAAAAUUCAAAGCCUCGCAAGAACAGUUAAAGGUCGUAGAAAGAAAGGUUCUAAAGAAAAUACCGAAACACUCGAUAAUAGUAACGGAACACCUACCGAGCCACCACUUGCUAUUGGGGAAAGCAAAUUGGAAGAUAUAUCAGAAGAUCAGAAACCAGGGACGAGCAAAGAUUUAGAAAAGACAUCAAAUAGAAAGAAUCAAAGCAAUGACAGUAGUGAUAGUGAGAUAAGUUACCGAUAUAAAAAGGAAACGAGAGAGAAGAAGACAGACCCGAAAUAAGACUAUAUCGGGCAAUAUGAACACCGAUUUUUCUUUAGACAAUUAUGACAUUAGACAAUUAUGGAAGGUAGCAAGAUUUAUGAGCUACACGAUUUUAUAUCCGAGCGAAAAACAGAAAUAAUCACAUAAGCUGCCGUACUCGCAGACAUUUAAUGAUUACUUAAACUAUUAUUUAGUUACGGUUUUGUUUCGAAAACAAUUGCUAAGGACUGGGUUAAGUAACCUUAAUGGUUGAAAUGACUCUGAGUACGGCCGAAAAUCUACCAACAAUAAUGAGGAAACUAGUAGAAUCUAUUAUAAGCGAGUUUUGAUACAAAUAGCUUUGAGAUUUAAAUAUUCAUUGUUUAAGUUUUUUGGUGUAUUUUUGUGUUUGAUGUAAAUAUUUUUUAAUCAGAUUAUUUUUAUGAUUGCGUUUGGAUGUUAAG